AUGAAAUUUGAAUAUGCUCCAGAUGAAGUGCCUCAAAAAAUUGUCGAGGUGCUGAAGCGGUUUUGCUUGCAUUUGAGCAAAGAUGGCCAUCCGAAAGACGUUGGGAUGGCUUUUGGGUCCGUGUCUGAGAAGCUAAAGAUCAAUAUCACUGCAAACCAGCCUAUAACCAUGGUCUUACCUGCAUUUCCAUGGAAGAGCCCAAACCAGGACAAAGUGCUAGGAUCUGGGGCUGAUCUAGGAGAAGAAAUGAGUCUAGCGAAGUUAAAUCACCUGUGCGGCGAGAUCUCAAAGGUCUACCCUUACGGCGCGCGACUAAUCCUCAUUUGUGAUGGACCGGUGUAUAAUGACUUGGUCGGCGUUCCCGAUGACGAAUAUUACGACUAUGGCAUUGAGCUGCGCAAAAUCGCCCAAGAGAAACAUUUUUCUUCUAUCCAGUUCAUCCGGCUGAUGAACUUGCUGGGGCUAGGAGAUGGCGAGAAAAUCCCCAAGGCAGAUUACCUGCGUCUCGUCCCCACCUGCAGGGAGAAACUGAUGUCACCCACAUACUUCGAUCCGAGAUUUGACGUUGACCAUGAGUUGAAGACAAAUCCGGACACCAAGACAACAUACGAGAGCUAUUUUAGUCGCAUAUCAGAGGAUCUGAAAUGGGCCAAAGGGUUUGACCCUCUUGUCGCGGCCGACCCGGCGCUCUACACGGCUGAAGUGUCCAAGAUGGCGAAAACCAUGAUCAACCGGCUCAUCGCAUAUGAAGCUGUCAUUAACGCCACACUCGGAAAAUACAUCCGUCUCUCGAUUCACCCUUCAUUAGGGCGAAACAAGAUUUCUAUUCCCCUGCUGCGGCAAGGUGACCUGUUUGGUGAUAUGCCGUGGCAUGCAAGUGUGGUGGUACUGUCAAAUGGGGAAAUUAAGACCGGAAAAUCCCGAGAAUUUCGCAAACUGUACGAGGUCGUUAAGAGGCAUGGCCGGCCUUAUUACUUCAGAGAGCGGAGCCCGACGUAUGAAUGGGAGGCAGAGGUGGAAUUUCAGCAUGACUACGAUGGGUUGAUUGUGAAGAAUCCCUGUCAGGGGGUUCAGAUGCUUGGCAGAGAUGAUCGCUUGAAGCUGGCUCGCUUGAUUGUGCAGUAUCAGACCAAGUCGGUUCGGGUGGAGGGCUUUGAGGUGCCAAAUGACGCGUGA